AUUUCAUGGGUUCCACGAAGAACCAGACCAGAAUUUCGUCUAUUUCUGAGAUUCUCGAAGAGUAUAGAAGAGAUUAGGGGGAGGUACUGAGAUGGGGAGCGGCAAGCACAGGUGGAAGAUCUCUUUCCACCGGUCUUCGCCCACUGCGUUGAAACCCGAAAAGAAACAGCCACCUAAGGAAUUUGUCUGUCCGAUUUCUGAAUCAUUAAUGGCGGAUCCAGUGAUUGUUGCCUCGGGUCAUACACUUGAGCGCAUCUGCGUUCAGGUUUGUAAAGAUUUGGGUUUUACACUGGUACUCCCCGACGGCUCGAAACCCAAUUUUUCUACUGUGAUCCCAAAUGUCGCCAUUAAAUUGACCAUUCUCAACUGGUGUGGCGCCAAUGGCGUCGAACGGCCGACACCUCCAGAGCUCAGCUCGGCGGAGAAGCUUGUCCGUGCAUUAAUUCCGCCACAGGAAGAGAAAGCACCCACUAAAGGCAAGACAGAGCAAGAUGAAGAGAACAGAAAGAUAUCGGUGUCGGAGAAUGAAAACGAUGAGUUGCUCAAAGGAGUAGCGGAGAAGCCUACAAUGAAAUUUUCUUACGCAGCGACCGACCUAAAUCGGAGGCCGACUCACUUCUACACUAGCUCCGAGGAAUCGGUGAAUACGGCGACUCCCAGCACGCCUUUACCAUUCGCAACGCGUCCCUCUUGUUACUCAUAUUCUUCGUCGUCGCUCGACAAUAUUGUAGACGAGACUCUGAACCCAAUGUCGCCGGAAGAGGAGGAGAUCGUAGUCAAGCUCAAGAGCUUACAAGUUUUCGAGCAAGAGGAAGCCGUGAUCUCACUGAGAAAGAUCACCCGAACCAACGAAGAUAUGAGGGUUUCACUCUGUACCCCUCGGUUGCUUUCGGGGCUAAAAUCUCUCAUGACCACACGCUACUCUUCCAUCCAGAUAAACGCAGUGGCAUCGUUGGUGAAUCUAUCGUUGGAGAAGAUCAACAAGGUGAAGAUCGUAAGAGCAGGGAUCGUUCCACCGUUGAUCGAUGUGUUAAAGGGAGGAUUCUCUGAAGCACAGGAACACGCGGCGGGUGCCCUCUUCAGCCUCGCGCUUGACGAUGAGAACAAGAUGGCGAUAGGCGUAUUAGGUGCGUUGCCACCGCUGCUACACAUGCUCCGGUCGGAGAGCGAGCGGUCUCGGCACGACUCGGCGCUUGCUCUGUACCACCUCUCGCUGGUUCAGAGCAAUCGCUCCAAGAUUGUGAAGCUUGGUUCUGUGCCAACACUGCUAGCCAUGGCGAAAGGAGGGGACCUGGCAAGCAGGUCUCUACUAAUACUCUGCAAUUUAGCGGCGUGUGUGGAAGGCCGCACUGCAUUACUCGAUUCAAACGCGGUGGAGUGCUUCGUAGGGAUUUUGAGGAAGAACGAGUUGAACUCGGAACCAACUCGGGAGAACUGCGUUGUGGCGUUGUACGCGUUGAGUCAAGGGAGUUUGAGGUUUAAAGGGAUGGCGAAGGAGGCUGGAGCGGCGGAGGUGUUGAGAGAUGUGGAAGUGAGAGGGAGUGAACGAGCUAAGGAGAAGGCUAAGAGGAUAUUAGAGAUGAUGAGAGGGAGUGGGAGAGACGAAGACGAUGAGGAAGAGGAGGAAGUGGACUGGGAGGAAAUGUUGGACUUGCGGACUCUGAGUCGGACUCGUCGCCGAUUCGUUUGUGGAAAGAAUGCAUCGGUUGCCAACUCGUCUGAGUUUAGGUUUUCACUUUGAUUCCUACAUCACGAGUGACGAGAAUGG